AUGUCAUCAUUAUCAACAGCACAGUUAAUUCUUAAUGCUUCUCAACAAUAUACAGUCUAUGUUAGUUUUAUUAUUUUAUUUUCUGGUGUUUUCGGACAUAUUACUAACAUCUUCGUAUUUGCUCGACUUACAAUUUUUCGAGGAAAUCCAUCUGCGUUUUAUCUCAUUGCAGAAUCGAUUAUUGAUUUACUUGAAUUAAUGAUUGCAUUUCCAUCUAGUAUUGCAAUUAAUGGAUUUGGUAAUGAUCUAUCACAAACAUCGGUACUUUGGUGUAAAUUAAGACCAUUCUUGACACAAUCUAUAACUGUGAUUUCACUUAAUAUUGUCUGCUUUGCUGCUAUUGAUCAAUAUUUAUCAACAAGUUAUCAUCCAUUUUUAAGACAAAUAAGUACAAUAAAAUUAGCUAAAAUUCUUACUACUAUUGCAUCUAUAUUUUGGAUUCUACAUGGUAUAUUACUGUUGUUCUUCCUUGAAAUUCAAUCAAAACAUGGAUGUACAGUAUAUAGUGACAAUUUUAGAAAUUAUAUUACAUAUUUCUAUUAUCCUAUACUCAUUGGAACUUUACCGAUCACUAUUUCGACAUUGUUCAGUAUAUUAGCUUAUCAAAAUGUUCGUCGUAUUAUACGACGUCAAAUGCCAAUGCGUCGACGAAAACUUGAUCAACAAUUGACAGCAAUGAUUCUUAUUCGAGUUGGACUUUUAGUCGUUAUGAUAUCACCGUAUCUUCUACAACGGAUUUAUACAAUUAGUACAUUAACAGCCAACAACAGUCCAAUUUCUCAAGCCAUUUUACAACUUACUGCAGCUAUAGCUGUUUCAUUGUUUAAUCUUAAUUAUGCAGGUUCUUUCUACAUAUUUUUAAUAUCAUCAACACGAUUUCGUCGACAAGUUAAAUAUGUUUUUAUAAAUAAAUGUUGGCGAAUGUAUUGUAGAAAAAGAAUACGUCAAAAUCAAGUGGCAACAUUGGUACAAUGUUCUACUAGUGAAUUUGAUUUACAAUCAAUGUAA